UCUUUCACUCUCUCCUCCUACUCCCUUUCGCAUUUCUCGCCGGAUUUAGGGAUUCAUCGCGCGCGACAAGCUACCAAUUCACAAAUCUGCCGCGAAUUCGAUUGAUCGAUCCAAACUCGUGGAAGCGAGCACCAAGGAGUUUGAAGUUUCUUCUCGGAGAAAGUUCCCAUUUUUCUGAAAAAAAAGAAGAAGAAGAAGAAGAAGAAAUUUUGUGGUUUGUGCGGGAGGAAGGAAUCAAGGAAAGAUGGAUUUAGAUCAUUGACGUUGGAUACGGCGAUGGAUAGUGAUUUGUUGUCCAAUAAUGGCUCCUUCCGAGGCCGCAGCAUCCAAGUCGCAGAGAUUGAUGACGUCGCGACGGCCCCUGCGUUCUUGUCGCGUUUACAUCCAUCGUCCCUGCCAUCUUCGCCGAGUUCUAUCCGCCACCGCGUUUCUCAAAUGGACACUCUCGCUGGGGUCGCCAUCAAGUACGGAGUCGAGGUUUCAGACAUCAAAAGAUUGAAUGGAUUAGUGACAGACCUUCAGAUGUUUGCUCAUAAGUCAUUGCAGAUCCCCCAACCAGGGAGGCAUCCAGCGUCUCCUGUUCUAUCUGAUGGUUCAGUAGAGAAUAGAGAUCAUUCUUCAUCUCAUCUUCGUCGUCAUAGUGAUGUGCAAGAACUGAUUGAGGCAUUCAAUUUAAGUAAUGCUCCAUGCAAAGUGUCUCCAGCCAUGACUAGAUUACAAGGAUAUUACGGUCUCAGUCCUGUUAAACGAAGGCCUGGGAACGCAGAAAGGAUUUUCUGUAAAACAGAUGAUGAAGGGUCGCCAAGUUUUGGUACACCUCCAAGCAGGCACAGGAAGUCCAGAAGUCUCAUGCAUGAAUUCUCGACAGGGAGUGGGGAGGGAAACACAAAUGUAGAAGGUGCAGAAAAUGGUGAGGCCGAUCUGUCAGUUCGGAGGCGGCAAAGGUGUGAUGUACGCCCGAGUUUCCUUUGCCCGGAAGUGUUGCUGAAGGAGGAAGGCAAUAGUGGAUUCCCAGGAAGAAUAGGAAAAUGUAUAACACCGAGAACGAAGGCUGCGAUCAAUGACAGUGCCAAGACUGAAGAACAUUUUUAUGUGAGGAAAUCAUCCAGCACCGCAUGUUUGCUCUCGACAGAUUCUGAAAAUAGUUCUUCAAUGUGGUCUGGGGGGAUGUGGAAUUCGAAACCAGACGCUCUUCCUAGGCCACUCUUAGAUGGUUUCCCCAAGUCCUUGGGUGCCAGGAGGUACAAAGCUGCUCUGGAUUAAGCACCCGUGGAUCAUGGCUACUUCGUCUUACGAGUAUCAAACAACUUUCUUUAUGCAGUGGUUCAGAAAGAGUUCAUUAUUCAAGGAAGUUUCAUUUUUUUAAUUGUCUUCCCCCUUUCAUUCCUCCUCCCACUUUAGGUUCUACUCCAGUAAAGUAAAUUGGCAAUGCAGGAAAAAACAGAAGGGAAAAAAUGGCUGCAACUUAAAUCACGGAUAUGUUUAUGGCACCAUAGCAAUCAAGAUCUUUAACCAAAAGAAAAAGAGAGAGAGAGAGAGAGAGAAAAGAUCUCCACAAUUGUGAUGCAAGUACAAAAAGAGUUAAUCAU